AUGUCUUUAACUCUUCAUGGACACCAUAUUUUAUUAAUUGCUACACUAGCAUUUGCUACAGCUGUGCUCACACCUAAUUGGUAUACAUCACCAGAUUUUCGAGUAAAACGCAAUAUUUUUCAAAUAUGUGAUACUCAAUUAUUUUCAUGUACAUGUCGUUGGGUUCUUUAUCCGAUAUCGAAUGAUAACUCAGCUACAACAAUUUUUCCAAUUGUUGUUGCUUCUUUAGCUAUAGCUUGUGCUGGAAUAAGUCUUAUAGGUCUUUUACUUAGUUCAUGGUAUGUUGAACGUUUUGCAAGUGAUAUUGGUUCAAAAUGGUUACUUGUAUUAAUAAUAAUUUCUAUUGUCAUCAGCUUUUUAUUAUCUUGUGGUGUUUGGUCAAUUAUGUUAACAACAAAUUUGUAUCAAAAUGAUACAAAUAUUAAAAAUGUUCGUCUUGAAGAUUUUGGUUUUUCAUUUUGGAUCAAUAUUGGUGCAUCUGCUACUUAUUUGUAUACUUUUUGUAUAUAUCUUAUAAUUGUUUGCAGAAAUUGUUAA